CCUUUUCCACCAUCACUUUAUGAUGUUUUGGAGCAAAGUCAACCCUUUUAUAACAUGCUUAAAAGUCAUGCAAGAAGCACAAGAUUCCCAAAGAUUCCAACACCAUCUCUCCCUGUUGCUACUAAUGAAAAGAUUCUUGUUUGGGUUGGUGAUGAACUUUUACCCCGUGACAAUGCAAUGGUUUCAGUAUUUGACUCAGUUGUCCAAGGUGGCGAUUCAGUAUGGGAAGGACUUAGAAUUUAUAACGGGAAAGUUUUUAAACUUGAAGAGCAUUUAAACAGGAUGUUUGACUCGGAAAAAGCUCUAGCUUUGAACAAUGCUCCAACUCGUGAUGAGAUUAAGGAGUCUAUAUUCAAGACUCUGAUUAGAAACGGGAUGUUUGACAAUGCACAUAUUCGUUUAAGUCUGACACGUGUCAAAAAGGUGACAUCAGGGAUGAUCCCGGGUUACAAUCUUUACGGGUGCACCAUAAUUGGUUUGAUGGAGGGAUUAAUGUUCACAUCACUGAAUUCCAAACCAUCCUUGUCCCAUACCCUCGUAUCCAAGAUAUCAUAUUUUGGCAUGGCUAUAAGCUUUGGAGGAAACGAGACUCAAGCAAAAGUAAACACAGAGAGUUGUUAG